AUGACUAAGUUGGCUGAUUUCAACUUCAAUGCGGAUAUGACGAAGGACAUGCAGGAGGACGCGCGCAACUUCGUCAUUCAAGCCUUCGAGACGGAGUCGCUUGAAAACGCUGUCGCCUCCUUCGUGAAGCGGGAGUUUCAGCGGAAGUAUAAGGGUGUGUGGCACUGUGUCGUGGGGAAGAACUUCGGCUCUUACGUCACACACGAGACAAAGGGUUACAUUUACAUCACAUGGGGACAAAUGUCAGUUCUCCUGUGGAAGACGGUGAUGUGA